GUUGGAGCAAUUCAUCCCAAGCGAAUGUUGGCGUUUCUGAAACCACUUUGUCACCACACAACCAGAUUCCUCAAUAAGUUUUCAUGUGUCUGUGAGCAGAAACUGUCAGACUUGAAUACAAGAAUACAAAAAGUUGAGGUGACGAUGAACAUCCUUGAAGCUAAGCUAGCAUCCAUACCUGGUCUGGAGGGUGUAACUGUUGAGGUGCCCCCAGCCCCUGGACCAACUCCAGAGUCUCAACCUGCUGCAGCAGACCCACGCUAUUUGAAGUAUUUCAAGAUGAUCAAUAUGGGUGUACCUGUAGGUGCACUGAGACAGAAACUCCUAUUGGACGGACUUAACCCUGACUUGCUUGAUACUCCCAAUGCUCCUGCACCCCCUGCUGUACAAGACGAUUCCGACUCCGACUUCAGCGAGAGCAGCGAAGAACCAGAAGAGUUCAGUGACUAG